GUUGGGGUAGCUUGCCGAACGGACGAGACUGAGGCACGUCUCCAUGACAGCUCAACCAGCCAGCUCACGCUAGUCUUGAGAGUGGGUGGAUGGAUAUGAAGCCGUCCUGUCCGGUAAAGGGCCGUUGCGACGCUUUCUGUGAUCGCUGGCAUUGUCAUGUCUGCUCCUUCGCUCGGUUGCGCUUGCUCUUUCUAGGCUGUUUGCUGCUGGCAGUGGCAGUCACUGUCGUGUGUGUCCGUUGUCCGAUCCUCGUAUCAACAACAGGAGAUGGACCACUUAUUAGGAGGACUGAAUUGUUGCGGGGUCUUACGUCCAAUUCGGGCAGCCACGCGAGUGCUCGCCUUCUGCAGGAUGAGUCGACAAGGGCCGCCGCUUCAGCAGCGCCGGCGCCUUCGCUUCCGUCGGGUUGGGAAUCGAACGCAGAACCGCUGCCGGAAGAACUGGUGAGCGUCUGGCCGCCGUCGCUAGUAAACGGCUCCGUCACUCUCCUGGUGUCACAUCCCUUGCCUGGUAACUCAACUGACGCGCCUGUAUGUCGGUCGGAUAUAAAGAACCUGGUCGUGAUUUCGCCCGGCAAUGAACAACAGCUACUUUACUACGUCCUGCAUCAGUACUGCUUGAAAGAUGGUUAUGACUCCGAGUAUGCGAUGUCGAUCAGGAAAGUAAACCUGUCGCAGCACUUGCAGGUGGGCGACGGUUCGAGCCGACAGGAUGACGAAAGCUCAGUAAUGACCUAUAUGUGGCCAUACGACCAGCCAGAAGGAUCGAGAAUCGUAAGCGGGACGGAUUUGGGCGGGAAACGUAUGGCUCAUGUGUCAGGGAUGGGUCUGUCCAAAGAUGGCGCUCAUCUCCUCUUAAGCGUGACGAAUGGAAGCACGUAUACGAUGAGACAGACGAUUGGAGAGAAUGUCUCCAUGUUCACUUCUUUGUCUCUCAUUGACGGCUCUCGAUCGUCCUUCCCGUGGCCAGAUUUAGUCCAGUCUUGGGCGUUAAACCCCAAGUUGGGAUAUAUCUACUAUUGGUCACAAUUAGUUGCGCUAGCGACAAUUCUCUCUGUUGGUGAUUCAGGACUUCCCGAAAGCUAUAGUGCGUCAUUCGAUUCAGACAUGGGGGAGCCAUUUCGUGGUGCGAAAUUCCAAUCUCAAAGCCUUGUCUCGGAUGGCAGUUGCCUCUACUGUCUGCAGACUGAUGGCCGAGUGCUAGGGCAGCCUCUAGAAUCCGAUAGUUAUCAUGACUACACUUUAGUAGUCAGGGAAUAUAUUGUACAAUUCUAUGCGUAUGACGUGGUCACGACGCCAGAAGGAUGCCACGUCUUCACAUCCGAAAGUGCCCAUGUUUAUAUCCAUGCACUCGUCGCUCCCUGCGGUAAGGCGAGCAGAGAGGUGGGAAGCAUAUAUUAUCCCAAAGGUAUGGACGUUGUAGGAUUGGCUCUUCACGAUGACGGUGAGCGGUUGAUCCUGUUCAUGGGAACCCGCGAUGGCAAAUUGUUUCGGGUACCGCUGAGCAGGUCGGAGCUGGGAGGUUGUGAACCCCCCAAUAACAACAUCAAACUGCUGGCCAUCCUGGCUGCAACCGGGGCUGGGGUGUUUGUGGCAAUCGUCGUCGGCAUACUUUGGGCUUGGCGGCGCAGAAACCGUCGUCGUCAAGCUCGCCCGCAGCAUUCCAUCCUUACCGCACCGUCGGGGGCUUCGUCCUCACAGGACGUCAGUGCAUGGCCCGCUUGGGGACUCAGGCCCUCACGCGUCAAGCAGUUCGAUUUGAAGACCCUGUCGGACUGCACGGACAAUUUCAGUGAGACCCAUCGAAUCGGGGAGAGAGGGGCCUUCGGGAAAGUCUACAGGGGUUUGGUUGACGGCAAGGAGGCGGCAAUCAAGGUGAUGACCGGUGAGCUCACGGACACCAAACGCAACCAGUUCGUGGCGGAGGUGAACACCCUCAGCGUAGUUAAUCACGUCAACCUCAUCCAGCUAAUGGGGUACUGCCAGGAGGUCAAUCAGUGCAUCCUGGUGUACCCUUUUUUCCGAGGCGGCUGCUUAUACGAGCGGCUGUUCCCUAACAGACAUAAUCGAAGGGGUUUGGAGGAGGCGGAUUCUCUUCCGCCCCUCACUCUCCAAGAGCGCAUGAGCAUCACCUUUCAGGUGGCCAAAGGGCUGUGGUAUCUCCAUGAUGACGCCAAGCCUCCCAUCAUCCAYCGUGACAUCAAGAGCMACAACGUCCUUCUUGGMGAUGGCURUGGGGAGACACUCCACGUAGUCCUUGCUGAUUUCGGAUUGGCGUCCAUAGGGGAAAGAGUSUUAGACACUGGGCACGACCAUGUGGUGCUCACAUCUCACAUCGGUGGCACCUUUGGGUACAUGUCCCCAGAGUACAUGCUGAGAGGUGAGCUGUCUGAGAAGAAUGAUGUGUACUCCUUUGGGGUUCUUGUGCUGGAGCUGCUGACUGGAAGAAAGGUGGUGACACCGGCCCCUUCUGGGCUAGGAUGGCAGACCCUCGUSGASUGGGUGAAGCCUUUCUUGMRGGGUGGAGGUGAAAMUGGCCAAGAUCCCAGCUUGGACAUGCCAAAUGUGAUUCUUGACCGCUGUUUGUGGGAUCAGGUGGCCGGAGACUCGACAAAGCAGAUGGUGAUGACCACUUUCAGGUUGGCUUGGGAAUGCAUCCAUGAAGAAUACGGGUCGAGGCCCGCAAUGCGGGCUGUUGUGCAGCGCAUUCACAGCAUGUUUCUCGAUGAAGGUUGGGAUUUCUUGACCAGGACCAUGGACAUGGAGAACCUACUGGCCAUGCCACAGGCAGAGGAUGGCAUGCAGGCAGAGGACGAGGAUGAGACCCACAGCAUUCUGACGUGUUCCUACACGCCGGGGGCAUAAAAGAUGGCGACGUAGUAGAUCCAAGUGCAAAGUAGUUUAGAGUAGAAUGGAGUAGAGUAAAGCAAAGUCGACUAG